CUCCCCACAAAAUACUUUUCGCGCCAAGGAACCAACCAAUACCAUCGAGGAGAAGGGAAAGCGGUGAGGUCCUGCCUCCAUGGACGGCGGCGACGUCGACGGCGGUGUUGGUGGUGGCGGGGGCAUCGAGAAGGACGAGGAGGCGGAGGAGAGGACGGAGCUCCUCCGAGAUCGCUUCCGCCUCUCCGUCAUCUCCAUCGCCAACGCCGAGGCGAAGAAACUCGACAUGGAGGCCUCGGAGCCCGUGGUGGCGUGUGUCGCCGAUCUAGCUUUCAAGUACACCGCAGAGCAGUUGGCAAGAGAUGUCGAGCUGUUUGCACAGCAUGCUGGUCGCAAAUCUGUAAACAUGGAAGAUAUUAUAUUAUCAGCACAUAGAAAUAAACACUUGACUGGCUUAUUGAGGUCAUUUUCUCAAGAAUUGAAAGGGAAAGGGCCUCAGACUGAAAGGAAGAGAAAGAAAUCUUCAAAAAAGGAAGAUAAGGCAAUUCCCAGUUGAUUGGAAAAUCUUCUGCUAUUUAUUGUGCAGCUGAGGGAGGUAAUUGGUAAUUCUAGUGUCAAAGUGCUUAGCUGCAGAAAGAUAUGCACUUGCUCCUUGCCUUGUGGUUAAUGGCAGUAGUUUUGUUCCUAUAUUCUGUUAUUCAGGUUCAGAUAACCAUAAGAAUUCACUACUUGUGUAAUACUUGUUAUAUCAGUUGAAAGUUGAUCUAUGUGAUAUCAAAAAACCCAUAAGCUUUUACUACAUUGGGGGAAAAAGAACAUUUUAUUGUUAGAUAUUUAAUUUACUUUUCAUUCUAGAGAAAGAUUGCAGUUUA